AUGGGAAAACUGCUGGUGAUCGCCGUUCUUUUAUCAGCCAUUUCUCUGGCACAAGGACAAGAUUGUCCACCAAAUUCGUUUUAUGUGGAUGAAUAUGGAGCAUGCAUUCAUCCAGACAAUGAUGCUUCUCCGAUGGGCUAUGCUGAGCUGUACUGUCAGGCUUUCGGCGGUCAUCUGCUCUCGAUUAACAGCUCUUUCAUCAACUCAAUGUUCGCCGGAAUACAGUUGACGAGUUUAACGCAAAAACGUGGCUUUUUGGGACUACGAAAAGCGGCGAAUGCAACUUAUUUGUGGUCGGAUGGAACGCCGAAUGAUUUUGCACAAUGGGCACCAGGUGAACCAUCUCGAGGCGACUGUGUCUCGCUUGACUCGAACGACAAACAGUGGAGAAGCAAUUGGAACACAGGAGAACCCCGUUACGAUUGUGGUUCGAUUGAAAAGAAAACAGCAAAAUGGACAUCUGUUGACUGCACAACGACUCUGCCAUUCAUGUGUAAUAUCCCAGCGAUCUUAAAUGGUGGAUGCACAACGAGCGCUCCUCCUGAAACCACACAAGGAACUCCUCCAACAAUGAGUCCACUCACUUGCAAUCCACCAUCUUCGCAAGAUCUCUAUUCAUGCUAUAACGGUUGGCAGUAUUUCCCGACGACUGACAGCUCUUAUUUGGUCGGUUUCAACUACUCGUACACCCCGGCCGAAGCUUAUUGCCAAAAUCAAAAUGCGCACUUGGCAUCAGUUCACAGUGCCAGCGAGUCAAUGUUUAUUGGUGAUUUGUGUUGCACCACCGAUUGCCGGCAUCGAUCGUUUGGCGAUUAUGCGGGCGGUUUCAUUGUCGGAGCAAAAAAGCAAAACCAGAACUGGGUUUGGUCGGAUGGAACUCCAUUUGAUUAUCAGCCUGCCAUCUGCCCAGAAACGCAGGGAAGCAUUUUAUGGAUACUUUCGGAUAAUUGCGGAGAUUGCAAAGGGCCUGGCGAUUGGGAUUACACGGAUACGGAUGACGCCUUCGGUGUGCCAGCGAGCAUCCAUGAUACCGAAGCCGUCGAUGGACGGGAUUUGCCGGAUAAGGUUCAUCCAAAGAAC